AUGGAUUCAGACACCUUGCAAUUCUUCCAGAAUGAACUCAUCUGCUCCAUCUGCAUGAACUACUUCCUAGACCCCAUCACCAUAGACUGUGGGCACAGCUUUUGCCGCCCCUGCCUGUGCCUGUGCUGGGAGGAAGCCCAAACUCCAAUGUGCUGCCCUGAGUGCAGGGGAGUAUCAGAGAAGCCAGAUUUCAAAACCAACAUCGUACUCAAGAACCUGGCUUCGCUUGCCAGACGGGCCAGAGCUCCCCACGUCAACAGCUCUGAGGAGCAGAUCUGUGUGGCACACAAAGAAGCGAAGAGGCUCUUCUGUAAAGUGGAAAACAGCCUGCUCUGUGAGCUCUGCUCUCAAUCCCCAGAGCAUGUGACUCACAGCCAUAGCCCAAUACAAUGGGCUGCUGAGGAAUGCAGGGAGAAUCUUGUAAUGAAAAUGGGCUCUUUAUGGAAUAUGUCUCAAGGAAUGCAAAAGAGCCUAAUGCAGGAAACAAACAAAACCCAGUCAUUAAAGGACUAUGUGGCCUUAAGGAAGGUGAUGAUCAAAGCUGAAUAUCAGAAGAUGCAUCUGUUUCUCUAUGAGGACGAGCACCUCCAUCUGGACACAAUGGAGAGAGAAGCCAAGGAGAUCUUCCAACAACUCAAGGAAAGUGAAUUCAGAAUGAUCCAACGGAAAGAAAGCCUGAAAGAAAUGUACAGAGAGCUGAUUGAGAUGUGCCACAAGCCUGACGCGGAGCUGCUCCAGGACUUGGGAAACGUAUUGGAAAGGACUGAAUUGGUGCAGAUGCAAAAGCCUCAGCCGCUGAACCCAGAGCUCACUUCAUGGUGCUUCCCUGGAAUCCUAGACAUGCUGAACAACUUCAGAGUGCAUGAUAUUCUGUAUCAGGAAACGACCAGUCACUGUAUUAACCUUCCUGAGGACGUGAGAAGUGUGAUGUUUGGAGAUAAGCACCAGAGCACAUCCAGAGAGGCCCAGCAAGUGCAGAGUUUUGCAGCAUGGGGAGCCCAGGCCUUCACCUCCGGUAGGCAUUACUGGGAGGUGGACGUGCCGCACUCCUCGAACUGGAUCCUGGGAGUCUGUAAAGAUUCCUUGAUAAGUGAUACCGGUAUCACUAUUGAUUUUGAAGAAGCUUCUCUCCUGUUUUCUUCGAAGAUGAACAAUCACUAUCGUCUGUCCACUAACCCCCCACCCUUAAUUCAGUAUGUAAAAAAGCCUCUGGGUAAGGUUGGAAUCUUUCUCGAGUAUGACAGUGGAACCGUGAGCUUCUAUGAUGCUGGCAAAGGUUCCCUCAUAUGUAGUUUAGUUUCUUCCUCCUUCUCUUGCCCUCUGAAGCCUUUCCUUUGCUUUGGUUCCCCAUGAGAAGUCAUGUUUGACCAUUUCUUAGAUGAAUUUCCAUGUCAAAGGAAAUUAUUGUCCUGAACCAUCAUUUGAGGCAGCAGGACGAUGCCUGACUAUCUUUGAGCACAUUGCAACUUAAGGAAAUACAAUUAUUAUAUGCUUAUAAAAUGCAUAACCACACUGAAUGUAAAUGUGUUAAAUUUUCUUUUAAUAAAAAUUGUUUAUAAUUGGACACUUCCUAGAACAUAAUCAAUGGCUUUUUCUUUUUAAAAUAACAGUGGUAGUAAGAUGAAAUGUACAUAUAGUCACAAUUUCCUCCUAAAUACUAAUAUAAAAUUGUCAUAAAAGUUAUAAUUCACUUUAGUUCCAAAACCUGCUUUUCACUUCAGCAUGCAUUUGCUUAACAAUUACCACACUCUGUCACCAAUUCUUCAAAUCCCCCAUUCUAUAUUCAAGAACACUUUGCCUCAUCUCACCCGGUACAAUGAACGUGAUCUUCCUUUUCAAAACACAAUUGUAAAUAUGAGCUGCUGGAGUGUAAUAGGUUCUGCCAAACUUUAGUAGGUUUUUAAUAAAUAAUCUUGGAUAAUUAAUUUAAAUUUUAA